ACUAAAGUAGCACCUAUGGAUAAUGCUGACUGGACAAGCGAGAGAGAGAGAGUGAUGGCGGUUGUAGGCGGCGGCGUACACGGCGGUUACCUUCCCUCCGAACUCCGGCGACCACCACCCACAACCCUAACCUCCAAAAUCAACAUCACCAGAAAGGUCCGCACCACUCCACCGCCAAUAUUCAUAUCAACAAACCCAAGUCACAUAAACCCUAACCACCUCAGAGACCUCUUCAGCCUCUGCAACCACUCCUGCCACCGCUUCCCCACCACCGACUCCGACCCCGUCGACCUCCACAAGCUCCGCAUCGCUCUCUCCCACAGCUCCGUCCUUGUUUCUGUCUUCUCCAGACCUGAGGUCGUCUCCAAUUUGAUCGGAGUUGGGGGAGACUGGUUCCGGAGAGUGGUGCCGGUGACUCCUUCUAAUGGUCAGUUGGUGGGAUUUGGCCGAGCUGUUUCGGAUUGUGGAUUGACUGCUUCGAUCUAUGAUGUCAUGGUUAUUCCUUCAUUACGAGGUAUGGGAAUUGGCAGGAUGAUAGUUAAGAGAAUCAUAAGGGUGCUCACUAGUAGAGGCGUCUAUGACAUAGCAGCCCUUUGCUCAGACAAGGAGAGAUUAUUCUUUGAAGCGUGUGGAUUUGGGGAAGACAUUUUGGGAUCUACUACAAUGAUGUAUACUAGAACUGUUUCUAGCUGCGAAGCAAAUCAGACGGUCAGAUUGGUUGGUCGAAAGAUAUUGUUAUCUGCGCCACAGAGAGAGCCCUUUAAAUCAUGAAUAGUAAAUUGAUCAUAAAGAUGUCACCUACACCAUGCUUUUUCUACAUCUGAAGCCUUUGAAUGUGAAGAUAGGAAUAUUUAUGAGGAGCUCAAGUUGAUACCCAUCUCAGAUUUUGAUGUCCAAUUUUCAUAUCAAAUAUAAACAGAGAACUUGUCUAAAAUCUUUGAAGUAUAAAAAAUUUCUGGUCUUGAUGUACUGUUGGACAUUUUUGUUAAGAGGGAUGACUACAAACAUGUCCAUACAA